CACACAGGGAUUUCUUUUGGUAUCGACACCUGAUUGACAGUUUCCGCUUGAACCCUGUAGACUGUAGUAUACUAAUAUGCACCUUGCCUUUCUAAUCUUCUUAUCUAGCGAGUGAUGAUCUGGACUGGACCUCGUCCUCGCCGCCCAGAACAUUUCUUCUUCUUUGCUGUUCCCAUGAUUCGAGCUCGCAAUAGUUGAGUAAUACAUUAAUAAUCAUGACGCAUUGGCGAUGAUUCGAACUACCGCUCUGACUCCCACCACAAAUCACAAUGGGCAAGUUCUACGACGAAAUACCUGGAUAUGUUAUGACUAUGAUCAAGAAACAGCAAAUGUUUUGGGUGGCCACUGCUCCAUUAAGUGCUGAUGGGCAUGUCAAUCUGUCAUCCAAGGGCGUUGAAGGGACUUUCCACAUCAUCGACUCUCAUACGGUGUGGUACGAGGACCUCAGUGGAAGCGGUGUGGAGACCAUAUCGCACCUUCGCGAAAACGGAAGGAUUACCAUUCUAUUCAAUGCUUUCGAAGGUCCACCGAGCAUUGUCAGACUAUUUGGGAAAGGAAAAUUUUACGAAUUCGGUACACCCGAGUACAACGCCUUUAUCCGCCCCGAGACACGUCAUCCUGGAUCUCGUGCGGUCAUCGUAAUCGACGUGCACAAAGUUGGGACGUCCUGCGGCUAUGCCGUUCCAUUUUACGAGUUCAAAUCGCAUCGUACCCGGCUCCUUGAAUACGCAGCCAAACGCGAGCUUGCUGAUAUUGAAGCCGAAGAAACGGAGAGCCCGAUAUGCGAGCCCCCUCGGCCGGAUAAUGGUUUGAAACGGUACUGGAUCAAGAAUAACUUGACGAGUAUCGACGGGUUACCUGGGAUGACUACCGGGCAGGAUUCUACCGACAAGUUCCAAACUAGGGGAAGGGUGUACAAGAAGGAUAAUGAGAGCGUAUCGAUGAGAGGCUACUUUAGGCAGGUGGAUAUGAGAUUCGUUCUGGGAUUUUCUUUGGGAGUGGCGGUCAUCACCACUUCAAGAUUUCUCAUUUAGUGGUCGACGGAAAUAAUGUAAUUUUAUGAACAUCGUGGAGUUGAAUACAGUGUACGUUCCGGUGAUCCAAGUAUGUGAAACAAAUAAUAC